UUUGUAAUAAUAUUAAAAUAAAUCCGAUUCCCCUCUCUCUCUCCCCUCUCUCCGUUCAGGCCUCACACCGCCGGCGACAUUUUCAGGCGAAUUCCGAAAUUGAAAUCGGCGGUUAAUUUAAGAGAUCUUCGAGGAAUUUUGUUGCAAUUGUGAUAUUAUAUUGAAAUUCUUUUAUUGAGCAGUUUUUAAUAAUUAUUGUUGAUCUGGUGAUUUUUUUGGCAAUUUCCGGAUCUGGAAGAUUGAACCGGCGCCGUUGCGGAUCCUACAUUGCAGGAAAAAACAGAUAAAACGGAGGCGUAUUGAGAUUUGAAUGGGGAGAAAGAAUGUGCAGGAUAGAUAAGAGUGGGGGAGAAAUGGGAAUGGUGAAGGGAGUGGAGAAAGUGAAGGGUAGUAUAGGAAUAAUAAGUAGUAGGUCAAAAAUGAAGAUGUGGAUGAUAAGAGCAACGACAUCGGUUUUGUUAUGGACGUGUAUAGUACAAUUAACGACGAUCGGAGAGAUGUGGGGACCUAGGGUUUUGAAAGGAUGGCCGUCGUGUUUUUCUCAUGAUUCUUCUGCUGCUUCUGCUUUAGAAGAGAGUCAUUUUAAUAAUCUUCCGCCUAGAAUUUUGCCUCCUAAGAGGGUUUACAAGAACAAUGGAUACCUUAUGGUUUCGUGCAAUGGGGGUCUUAAUCAAAUGAGAGCAGCAAUUUGCGAUAUGGUUGCUAUUGCUAGAUAUUUGAAUGUCACACUUAUAGUUCCGGAGCUGGAUAAGACUUCCUUUUGGGCUGAUCCCAGCGAGUUCCAAGAUAUAUUUGAUGUGGAUCAUUUCAUCACAUCAUUGAGAGAUGAAGUUCGGAUAUUGAAAGAAUUGCCUCCCAGGCUGAAGCAGAGAGUGGAGUUAGGGAUGACUCAUACCAUGGCACCAAUUAGUUGGUCGGAUAUGUCUUAUUAUCAUAAACAGAUUCUUCCAUUGGUACAGAAAUACAAAGUUGUACAUCUGAAUAGGACUGAUGCUCGCCUUGCCAAUAAUCAUCAGCCAUUGGAUAUUCAGAAGUUGCGUUGCCGUGUAAAUUUUGGUGCUUUGAGGUUCACUUCUCAGAUAGAGGAGUUGGGGAAAAGAGUAAUAAAGCUUCUUAGGAAAAAUGGUCCAUUUUUAGUGCUCCAUCUUAGAUAUGAAAUGGAUAUGUUAGCGUUUUCUGGCUGUACCCAGGGUUGCAACAAUGAGGAAGUAGAAGAAUUAACUAGAAUGAGAUAUGCUUAUCCAUGGUGGAAAGAGAAAAUAAUAAAUUCCGACUUGAAAAGGAAAGAUGGCUUGUGCCCUUUGACACCAGAGGAAACAGCUCUUACAUUGAGGGCAUUGGACAUUGAUCCGAAUAUGCAGAUAUAUAUUGCGGCUGGUGAAAUUUAUGGUGGAGAUAAGAGAAUGGCAAGUCUUGCAUCAGCUUUUCCAAAACUGGUCAGAAAGGAAACUUUGUUGGAAUCAUCAGAUCUUAGUUUUUUUCAAAAUCAUUCAUCCCAGAUGGCAGCACUAGAUUAUCUUGUCUCGUUGGAGAGUGAUAUUUUUGUCCCCACAUAUGAUGGAAACAUGGCUAAAGUUGUUGAAGGUCACAGGAGAUUCCUUGGGUUCAAGAAGACAAUUUUACUGGACAGAAGGCAUUUGGUUGAUCUGAUAGACAGAUACACUAGUGGAUCCUGGAGUUGGGAAGAGUUUUCCGAUGCUGUAAAACAAGCACAUACAGAAAGAAUGGGGAACCCAAUCAAGAGAUUAGUGAUUCCGGACAGGCCAAAAGAAGAGGAUUAUUUCUAUUCAAACCCGGAAGAGUGCUUGCAGCUAUCAGAGGAUCCCUUGGAUUCUUUGAGUAGCACGUGACGGUUAUUUACGAGAUUGGGGAUAUUUUAUCAAAGUGUUCUACACAGCCUAGUUAUUUUACCACAGUUCAGGAUAGCUCUCUGCACAGGAGACACAUCGCUAAACAAACAGUUCAUGAUGAAAGUGGCAAAUCGUGAACAGAAAAACAGACGCGUUGAUGAAUUUGAAGCUUUCAAAGCUUCAGCUGAUCUUUGGAAUCAAUUGUCGAAUGCUAUGCUAUCAUCUUUCAGUAUAUGCCAAAUAAUUCAAUUCAUGUAUAGAAGAAGCUCUACCCUGCCAUUACAGGGUGAUGUUGAAUCAACAAAAUCGGGUUGUACACAGAUAUCCAAAUAUAGAUGUGGUCUAUCAGAAAUGUGACCUCAAGGGAAAGGUUAUACUCCUUUACCCUUCCAUUUUGUAAUUUCUUUUUUUGUUCGUUCGUUGAUCUUGUGAUUUAGCAAAUAUCAUAUUCUAAAAUUUAAAUUCAGCAUAUUUUGUUA